CACGCUGCGGCGGAGCUGGUUGAGCGGCCUAGUGUGUCCCUCGCCUUGGGGUCCAGGGUUCGGGCUCGGACCCCGGCGGGAGCGGCCCUGCGGACCCCCGACGAGCUGAGCCGCGAGGGCGACCCGGAGUGGGGGCCCCUCGAAGCGAGCAGGGAGUAGGGCUCCGCGCUCGUCGUUGCCAAGCCAGCACGAACGAAGGUCACUGCUGUUGUGACCGCGGUUCCUCAGCGCUUCUCUCCCUCUGGGUGGGCGCAUCUGCGCGCGGACGGACGACCCUGUGCCACCUCACGAGGCUUGGAAGUGUUCCCUGAGGCCGGGGCGCCGGAUUCGGAGGCUUCUUCGGCCCGCGCGCCCCUCCUCCAGUGACGCGACACCACCCUACGCGCGGGGUUCCGCUGGUAGUUGUGAUUGCUGACUGCCCCGCGUGGAGUGGACGCUCCAGGAUGCCAGGGCUCUGUGCACUGACGCAGUUCGAAUGCCUGCAAUGCUUUCUGCACAGGCUCGGCCUCUAUUAGUGCAUUUUUGUGGAUUUACCGAAUGAAUAAAAAUAGUUACUGCGGUCACAGGUCUUGCGUGGUUCUUCACAGGAUCUGCCGUUUACCCCCUAUUUAGUUCUGUGCCCUAGAGCGCCCUCAGCAGCCUCCAGGUGACACGCCGGCAGAAGCCAGGCAGGAUGGCUGUGGACACAAGAAAGUCUGCCGGCCAGUUCCACCCUGAAUGGGGUCAGCAGGGGCCUGCGGUGGUGAAGGUGGAGCUGGAGGAGGACAACCCCAGGAGUCAGGUGCCGGACAACCAGCCCCCUGCCUGGGAGAUCUUCAGACAGCGCUUCAGACACUUUUGCUACCAGGAGACGCCUGGACCCAGGGAGGCGCUGCGCCGACUCCGCGAGCUGUGCCGCCAGUGGCUGCGGCCCGAGACGCACAGCAAGGAGCAGAUCCUGGAGCUGCUGGUGCUGGAGCAGUUCCUGACCGUCCUGCCCGCGGAGCUCCAGGCCUGGGUGCGGGAGCACCGUCCGGAGAGCGGGGACGAGGUGGUGACGGCGCUGGAGGGUCUGGACGGAAAAAGAAAUGUACAAGUUUCAGCCUGUGUUCUGGAACAGGAAAUCCUUUUGCAGAGAGUGACCCUUCAGACGCUGGAUGAAGAAUCUUCAUACACAUGGGUUCAGCCCCCAGCAAUCCAGUUCAAGGGCAAAGGACCUGAGCCCCAACCAUCAGAGGAAGGAGAUGGUGGAGUGAGGACUGACAACGUGAUGUUAGACGUGAAGCAGGAACUCUGUGAAGAAACAGAGCCUUGUGGGAAGGGGUCUGAUGGACAGGAUGGAACUUCAUCUCAGCAUGCCAAAUACACAGGGGACAGGGAGCCCAGUGGAACUUUGGAAAGGCAGGACGGGGGUGCCCCAGGCAGAAAAGUCUCUGCCUGUGAAGAAUGCAGGAAAACCUUCACCUGGACAAGAGGCCUUCACACGCACAGGAGGACCCACAGCGGGGAGACACCAUGCUCACACACAGAGCAUGGAGAGGCCUUCAUCAGACGGUCAGAGCUUAGCCAGCACCAGGAGCUUCGUGGCAAGGAAAAGCCUUAUCACUGUCAAGAGUGUGGCAAAGGUUUCAGUCAGAAAGCAGGCCUCCUCCAACAUCUCAAAAGCCACACUGGAGAAAAGCCAUAUCGAUGUAGUAAAUGUGGCCGGUGUUUUAGUCGGAGAUCAGUUCUUACAAAGCAUCAAAGUGUCCACACUGGAGAGAAACCUUUUGAAUGUACAGACUGUGGAAAAGCCUUCUGCCAUAGUUCAGACCUAACUGAACAUCAGCGAUUCCACAAGGAGAAGCCUUAUGAAUGUAACGAGUGUGGGAAAACCUUCCGGCAACGUUCACAUCUGAUUGAGCAUCAGCGAAUUCACAGUGAAGAAAAACCCUAUGAAUGCAAAGUGUGUGGAAAAGCGUUCACUCAGUAUGCAGGACUUAACCAACACCAGAGAAUCCAUACUGGAGAGAAACCUUUUGAAUGUCCUGUUUGUGGACGCGCCUUUAGCCGGACCUCAGAACUCAUAAUACAUCACAGAAUCCACUCGGGGGAGAAACCCUAUGAGUGUGCUGAGUGUGGCAAAACCUUUAGCGUGAGCUCAACCCUGGUCAUACAUCAAAGAAGCCACACUGGGGAGAAGCCCUAUAAAUGUGGUGAGUGUGGCGAAGCCUUCAGCCAACGCUCGGGCCUUAAUAAGCACAGGUUGGGAGGGAAGCACGGGAACCCCCCUGAGCCAGGAACACACAAGUGUGGUGAGUGUGGGAAGACCUUCACUCGGUCGACCGGCCUGCGGAACCAUACAAGAAUCCACACUGGGGAUAAAACCUACCAGUGCCCUGAGUGUGGGAAGGCCUUCACCAGGGGCGAGCAUCUUAUUGAACACCAGGCGAUUCACAACAAGGUAAAGCCCUAUCAGUGUAAAGAGUGUGGCAAAGCCUUCAGUCAGAAGACGGGUCUUAGUCACCAUGUCAGAAUCCACACGGGAGAGAAGCCUUUUCAGUGCCCGGAAUGUGGGCGCGCCUUCAGUUGGAAGUCAGAUCUCAAGAAACAUAAGAGAGUCCACUCGGAGGAGAAGCCCUAUGCGUGUGAGGAGUGUGGGAAGGCCUACAGGCAGAGAGCCACGCUGCUCCAGCACCUGAGGGGCCACAGGGAGCUGAGCCCGGCCGGCCGAGUGAGUGCGGGGAAUCCCCCUGGGGGCCCCGACCCAGUACCAGAGAAUCCGCUGCACCCCGACACCCCGCCCAGGCGUGAGGUGAAAACUGCGGGGAGAAUCCACGACUCCUUUUCUUAACUGAGAUAAAAUGUUUCUUGAACUUCAUUAUUUAAAGAAAACCAGAGAUGCCACAUUGGAAAGUUUUUAUAGGAGCGCUGCGGUGGCUCAGUCGGUUAAGCAUCCAACUUUGACUCAGGUGGUGAUCUCACCA